AUGGAAAUUCAGUUUGUUGCCUUGACAAAAUUCUUGUUAAUAGACCUGCAACCUGAUGGGGUUUACUUUCAAAAUUUGAUUGUAACAAUUGAUCAUUUUCUCGACGAUAUCUCGCAUGAAAGUCAACAAACUGAUGUGGUUCACAUCAAGCAGUUCAAAAGCUCACAUCUUCAACCCACUGAAGUGCAGAGAUUGCUUAAGAAAGAAGCUGAUGAGAGGUUUUCUGAGGAUGGAGAUACAUGUUCCGGUUCCGAUCAAGCCGGAAUAUCAGUAACAUUGAAGGAUGAUGGAUAUGAGCCAUGGAACCUUGAUGCAGCUCUUACUGCAGCUGUUAUACCAACUGUAAAAAGUCACUCAACCAAGGAGGAUCUCAUAAGCAUUUCUGUUCCAAGGGGAGGUAUUGUUGGCAUUCAGCAGAACCAUAAGGAGUGGCUUUCUACUAUAUCGCAGUCACCUGAGGCCAUAUCAAUGCUGUUUUUGCCAAUUACUUCACUGCUUAGUUCCAGUCCAGGCCAUGGCUUCCUAAGCCAUGCAAUGAAUUUGUAUCUCAGAUAUAAACCCCAAAUAGAUGAACUUCGUCAAUUUCUUGAAUUUCAGUUGCCUCGGCAGUGGUCUCCAUUGUAUGAUGAUGUGCUUCAUGGAUUUCGUCCUAGACGCCAAAAGAACAAAUCGCCAUCACUCCAGUUCACUUUGUUGGGAUCCAAGCCUUAUGUUAAAAACAUAAAGGUUGACUCUGGACAUUGUCCUGUUGCAGAUAUCUGCUUGUUAUUGGAAGGGAGAAAGAGUGACCAUCUGGCUAUCGAUCUCCAGCAUCUUUCAAAUCUUCCACAAAUCCUUAAAAUCUCUUAUGAUAUUGGUUGUGAAUCUAAUGAUGAGCCAGUUGACAAAGCCUACUUUGAACCUGUGAAGUGGAAAAGGUUUUCACAUGUCUGCAAAGCCCCAGUAUUGUACAAGAGUUCCCUUGAUGAUGAGCCCCCAGCCAUUGCAACGAAGGCGUGGCUUGAGGUCAAGCAUGAGAAGAGGAGAAAAGUUCUUUUCUUGGGGCUUGGGUUUUCCCUGGUAGAAUCAGUAGAAAUUUACAGAUCAGAAUGGGAUGGAUCGCCGUUUCCAUUUCGAAAGUCAGGGUUCUUUUCAGCAUUGAUGAGCACAAUACUGACCAAGGAACUGCAUCACGUGAUUGACAAUGAAAAGCCGACUGAAGAAGAUAGCAUAAAACCAAUAGUUUAUAAUGGUGAGUCUGGUACUGAGGCACCUGUUCCAAUAAAGGCCCCAGAAAUGCUCAGCUUUGUGGAUACGAAGGAAAAGGUCAGGUGUCCAGAAGACACGCCUGGAUAUUGGGUGGUCAUUGCAGCCAAACCCUAUAUAAAGGGAGGCAAAAUCUCCAUCAAGGCCAGGUAUUCUUUGUUAGCUAUUAUGUCAGGAGAUUUUGUGACUACAUGA